AUGAAUUUGAUCACUAAACAUAAGUCUACUACUACUACAACUAUGGUAGUAGUAUUUAAUAUGUUAUUAUUAUGUAUUCUAACAAUAACAUUACAAUGUAAUAAUAUGAUGAUUGUAAAAAGUGAAGAAGUAUUAAUUCGUAUGGAAAAUAAUCAACAUAUUAAACCAAAUGAUCCAAUGACAUCACUUUCAACAGUAUAUGAUGCAUUAAAACAACACCUUCCACAAGAAACCUUUUCACAAGUUCGUCGUAUUUUAUAUGGUAAUGAAUGGAAAUCACUUCCAAUUCCAAAACAAGUAAAAGAACAAGCAAUUGAACAUAAUUUUGAAGUUAGAGCUUAUUCAAUGAUUGAUAAUGUUCAAUUAGAACAAUCUAGAAAACCACGUAUUGUUAAAUUAGGUUUAAUACAAAAUUCUAUUGUAACCAAUACAACUGAACCAAUUGAUGUACAAUAUAAGGCAAUUGAAUCUAAAAUUGAAAAAAUUAUUGAUUCUGCCUAUUUAAUGGGUGUUAAUGUUAUUGGUUUACAAGAAGCAUGGACAAUGCCAUUUGCUUUUUGUACAAGAGAAAAACAACCAUGGAUGGAAUUUUCUGAAGAAGCAGAAACAGGACGUUCAACACAAUUUUUAUCUAAAUUAGCUAAAAAAUAUAAUAUGGUAAUUGUAUCAUCAAUUUUAGAAAGAGAUUCAGAACAUAAUGAUGUAAUUUGGAAUACAGCAGUUGUAAUUGGUAAUAGAGGUAAUUAUAUUGGUAAAGUUAGAAAGAAUCAUAUACCACGUGUUGGAGAUUUUAAUGAAGCAACUUAUUAUUUGGAAGGUAAUUUAGGUCAUCCUGUUUUUGAAACUGAUUUUGGUAGAAUUGGUAUUAAUAUUUGUUAUGGUAGACAUAUUCCUUUAAAUUGGCAAUCUUAUGGUUUAAAUGGUGCUGAAAUUGUUUUUAAUCCUUCUGCUACUGUUGGUACUUUAUCUGAACCUAUGUGGUCAAUUGAAGCAAGAAAUGCAGCUAUUGCUAAUAGUUAUUUUGUAGCAAGUAUUAAUAGAGUUGGUACAGAAGUAUUUCCAAAUGAAUUUACAUCAGCUGAUGGUAAAAAAGCACAUAAAGAUUUUGGACAUUUCUAUGGAUCAUCAUAUGUUAGUGCACCUGAUGCAAGUAGAUCACCUGAAUUAACUAGAUUAGGUGAUGGUUUACUAGUUACUGAAAUUGAUUUAAAUUUAAAUAGACAAGUUAAAGAUAGAUGGAUGUUUCAAUCCACUUCUAGAUAUGAAAUCUAUGCUAGAGAAUUAACUGAAUUUACUAAACCUACUUUUAAAAGACAAAUUAUUAGAGAUCCUACUUUAUUUAAUAAUAAUAAUAUUGAACAACAACAACAACAACAACAACAAGAAUAA